CCGAACCAGACUAUGUGGCUGAAUCAGAUCUCUUUGAUUUUAUUUUUUUAUUGAUUGAAUGUUAACUACUCUCCAGUCCAAAUGAAUUGCCGCUCCGGCUAGGAGUUCUACCUCUUCUUCUGACUAUCUUGCAAACUGUUUCUUUCACUUGGUUCGUUAAUGCCUGCGUCUACACGAUCGCAAACAAGAGAGAGAGAGAGAGAAGAGAGAAGCUAUUGAGUGUUGCUCUUGAGGGAGUGAGGAGAGGGAAGAGGAGUGUCCGGCGAAAAAGGAACUACGGACCCCUCUUGAAAGUUUUACUGACACCCUCGUCCUCCAUCAUGACAACUGCAACCGAACGGAAACUGCAGUUGGAUGCUGCCCCUGAGGCAGAAAAACCACAGUAUCAGUUCUUCUACGAGAACACUUUGAAGAAGGAGGAGGAAGAGAAAGAGAGAGAUAGAAGGGAUAAGGUGCAGGCUCAUGAGGCCAUCAUUAACACCAUAUCCGCUUUGACAAAUGAGGAGGUAGAAGAGAAAACGGUUCCCCUCCUCAGAGCCUUAGCAGAAGUCCGGAUUGCUGAGGACCAUACUGGCCAGCUCGCACAAGUGUUUAAACAACUCAAGGAGUUGCGGGAAGACAUGGCCAAAAUGGCGCAGCAGCACCGAGACCAGCUGCAACAGUUUGCUAGUUUGCAGCAGACUCAGACUGUCUUUCCCCUCACCUAUCCUGCCUCCAAUGCUGCAUGUCAGUCCGUUCUAGCCCCUCUAACUGUGUCUUCUUCUACUUCUUCUUCAUCUUUGAAUGUGACAAACAGCCAACCCGGAUCUGCUGCAGGUCCAGACCCUGCUGUUGCUGCUGCUGUUGUUGUUGCAGCGGCAAGUGGUAGUGCAGGACAAUCUGGAACUGUUGCAGUCCCGAGUUCGGACCCGGCAGUGGCUGGGCCCAAUGGCAGCUUUGCUUAUAUCGACAGGAAGGCGGCGCAGAUUCCGUCUAAGUAUGAAGGAAAAGAUGACGUCGAGUCUUGUAUCGUUUCUAUGCGAUCCUACUUUGAUGUGUUGGGGACACUCCCAGCAACGCAGUCGCCUAUCCUAGGGACCAAUGUGGAACCCGUCGUAAGGGGUUUCUUGGAAACCCAAGCUGUCCAAUCAGGCUAUAAAAGAAUAGACCUGAACAAAUGGCUGAAGGCUACGCCUGUCACCACACUCGAGGAACUCUUAAUCAAACAAUAUGCUGAUCCGCAUGCUGCAGCCAAAGCUAGACUCAAAUUGGACAAGCUUAAGCUCAGCAGGUGGACUGGCACCAUGCAUACCCGGCAACAGUAUGUUAGUAAAUUGUUUGCUACUCCAGAUCUGGAAAUGACUGCGCAGUCGUGCUUGGAUGUAAUAAAAGGCACGGUCCCCUCUACUACUAAAGAUCGCCUGGGGCUCGAACUCACCGCAUACACUGAUUGGUUUACCCUUAUGAGGGAUCUGGUCAAGUUGGAGGCACAAGACCUCCCGGGUGGAUUGGGUAGCAAAAAGACUACCAGCCGCAAACGGUUUCCUGGCAGCAACCGUUUUUCUGCGCACGAUCUGCUAGAGGAUGGCGAAGAGAACUUCGCAGAUCAUCCUUCCCUUGAUGACGAUCAAGAGCAAGGCUGCGAGGCCUCUUGCUCUUCGUCAGCCCAUGAGUCCGAAUGUGUGAAUGAUGAAGAAUCCAUGAAUGCCUUCAAGAAGACUGCCUACAAAAGUAAGGGACCGAGGACUAUGGUAAAGAACAAUGCUAACACUAUCCUUCUUCCCAAAGGAGCUAAGAUUCCACCCAAGCCGGAGGAUCCUGCCACAAAACCAUGGGUAGAUCUCCGGAUCAGUGAAAGUCCUUCAUUGGAUCCUGAUUCUACUCCACAAACCUCUCCUAAAACCCCAUCUGAUGCUGAUUCCAAGGCUGAGAAAUUGCACAUUCUCUACAAGGAGCCUUGGGUGGAGUCGGAAGAAAUUGACUUCCAUUCUCUGUUGACGCACUGGGCUCACAUGAAGCAAGAACGCGCCCAAGGGAGAACGAAGUUGAUCUUCUUCAAACUUCACAUUAAUGGUCGUUACAUCCGUGCGUCGGCUGACUGUGGCGCAACCGCCAACUACUUUUCACCGCACGACAUUCGUAAGGCACGCUUGGGUAUGAAGCAAGUGACAUUGCAGAAUCCUUGUCGGACCCAAGUAGGCAACCAAGAGGUUGUCACCUCUACACAUGCAGUCAAAGGUGUGCGCACUACCUUUGACGUCGAUCGCACGAUCACGCAUGAGCUGAACUUCUAUGUCCUUAAUCAGUGCCCUUUCGACGUGGUUAUUGGCUUGAGCUGGUUGCAAGCGCAAUGUGUAAGAACCACGUGGAAGGACUCACAGUUCAUGGUCAAAGAUGCUAUGGGGAUCGAGCGUCCAGUCCUCUUGGACGAGCCGCACGAAUCCCAAGUAACCUUUUUGAAUGUUAUGCAAUUCUGCAAAAAGUGGCGCAGGUGCAAGAGUGAUGAGCAAAUGUAUAUAGCCUUUGUUAGACCUGCUCAUGUGCCUUCUAUUUUUGCUGUACAUAAUGAUUCUACUUUGCAUGUUGUUUCUAUUUCUGAGACAACUACUUCUACUUCUACUCAAUCCGCUUCUAAUCCUGUUGUUUUGGCUGCACCGUUCCUAUCUGAUAUGCUUGCUCCCGAAUGUGAUGAUCCACCUCCGGAAGUCCCAUCGGAAAUCCAUAACCUUCUCAACCGGUUUCCUGAAGUCUUGGCCGAACCGCAUGGGGUUCCCGUGCGUCCGGUCCGACACAAGAUCGAGUUGAUCGAAGGAAGCACUCCCCCAAAGGGCUGCGUCUAUCGAAUGGGCUCAGGCGAAUUGGAGGAGUUGCGACGGCAGAUUGACGAGAUGAUUGGUAAGGGAUGGAUUAAACCUAGUGGGUGCAAAGUCUUCAGCAAGAUCGAUCUCAAGUCUGGCUAUCACCAGAUUGAAGUCGAUCCUGCAGACCAACACAAGACUGCAUUCAAAACUCGCGAUGGGCUGUACGAGUUCACCGUCAUGCCCUUCGGUCUCACGAAUGCACCAGCCACCUUUCAAAGUCUCAUGGACAAAGUGUUCCGCAAUCAGAUUAACCGAUUUGUUGUUGUUUACCUUGAUGACAUACUAAUCUUCAGCAAGUCGAUGGAGGAACACAUGGGACACCUUGAGGAAGUGUUGCAGAUCCUCAAGGAUGCGCAGCUCCAUCUCAACUUAGAGAAAUCUGAGUUUGGGAGGGACAGCGUCAUCUACCUUGGACAUCGGUUGUCUGCUGCAGGCCUAGAGCCCGAGGCAACCAAAGUUGAGGUCAUCCGCAAGUAGCCUCAACCGGCGAAUGUUCGAGAGUUGCGUUCUUUUCUUGGUUUGGCGUCAUACUACCGUAAGUUUGUUCCCAAGUUCUCUAUCAUUGCCCGUCCGCUGUCCAAACUAACGAGUAAGAAUGUGUCUUACACUUGGGAUGAGGAAUGUACAAAGGCCUUUUAAGC